ACUGUGCCAUGUUUGAGCUGUGACGGGGCAGAUGGUGCAUCCAGUGUCUGGACUGUUUGCAGUCAAUGCUGCGAGAUAAGCAUACGCACAUUGUUAAACAUUGCAAGUCAAUGGUGGUGGUGCUCUUAGCCAUCCCAGUUUGGGAGCAUGCGUCCAUCCAUGCAACUUUUCACGCGGUCACACUGAAUGCAGACAUUUACAUUGACAAGUUUGGUUCUCAACCAUCAUACCAUUGGAAAACCUUGUUUAACCAAUUCGAGCUGGGCAUAGUAUCAGCCCAGCUCGGAGGAAAUCCACAAACAAAUAAUGCAAAUCAUUCAAACACAUUGUUGUUUUUGGGAUGUCAUGUCCAAAAAAAAAGACCACCGAGUUUAUUUAAAAGGGCAAGCCGAGGAGGAAAAGACCUCCAAAGACGGGGCGGGCCGCCGGCGGGGAUGGAGGAGGCAGAGUCAGCCUACAGCACGCGGCAAAAGAAACCUCCAUCCCCACGGGCGACCCACCGUACGGAGACGUCGACCACACCGGAGAGGGAAAAGACCCAACGCACCCCUUUCGGGCGCGGGAAAGUGACUUUGAAAUCAAGCACGACCUCUAUGGGAACGAGUCAAUGAAAUAGAAACAUGACAACGGUAAGAUGGAAAAGCAUACGUACGAGAGGAAGCGAGUAAAUUGAAAUCGAGUAAAGAAAAAUCGAGCAGGGCGAAAUGGGGCC